AUAAUCGAGAUAGAAUUCCAAAGAGUCAUAGGAGGAAAGGAUUAAUGCCUUUUGGGUUUAAGUUCAGCUUUAUCUAUCAGCCUUUCCUGUUUCAGUUAUGAGCAUUGACCAUUUUCAUUCAUCUAUGACGAAUUCACAAUUGAUCAUAACCAUUUUCUUUAUCUUGUCCGUCAUUUCAUUUUGUUAUACUGCCAAGGGUGACCAAUUCAAAAACUGUAGCCUUCUUUACAAUUGUGGAACCUUAAAGGGCAUAGGAUAUCCUUUCUGGGGAGGUGAUCGGCCAAACUAUUGUGGUCGCAGAGGCUUCGAACUGUUCUGUGCGAAUGACCAGUACACGCAUAUUUGGUUUGAUCUUGUAGCUUACCGUGUAUUAGGAAUUGAUCCACUAGUUCGCAAGAUGACAGUUGCUCGGCUUGAUCUUUGGGAUGAUAUUUGUCCGGUAUCAGUUAAUCGAAUUAAAGAUUCCACCUUGUCAAAAUUAAAUCCCGGUUCAGACAGAAGGUUUAGGAACAUCCACAUUUUCUAUGGUUGCACUUCUGAGGUUAUUGCCAAAGUGCAAAUUCAGAGUAAUUUGUCGUGUUCAAUAUUUGGAGAGAACAGUGGUGUCUUUUUUGCAGGUGAAUUUGUAUCUAGUGCUCCUGGAUGUAUGACCAGCAUGGUUGUUUCCAUUCAGUUUGCAGCUUAUAUUGAUCUCUGGGACAGAAAAAUAACACUUCAACAAGCUCUUAAACAGGGAGUUGAUGUGGAGUAUGAUACCUUGGAAGCUUGCUCAUCAUGUGAGGCUUCGGGUGGUAAAUGUGGAUCUGAUUCAACUAAUGAAUUUAUUUGUAUCUGUCAAGAUCAAUCCCAUCCAAAGGUUUGCCCUAAACAUGGAAAGGGGCGUUGGUUGAAGCGGAUGAUUGGAGCUAUAGUGGCUGGAAUAGGAAUACUAUCAUGUUCAGUAAUCUGCUAUUGUUAUUACAAAAAAUAUUCAAAGAAAACUGCGCUUUUCUUGUUUUCAAGAAAAACAGAUGAUAAAGAACUCGAAGCCUUUCUUGAAGAACAUGGAUCUCUCGUACCUAAAAGAUACAGCUACACUGAUAUCAAGAAAAUGACACAUUACUUCAAAGAGAAACUUGGUCAUGGAGGAUAUGGUGAGGUCUACCGAGGAAAUCUUUUUGACAAGCGUCCAGUGGCAAUAAAAGUUUUAAGUAUGACCAAAGGAAAUGGAGAGGAAUUUAUUACUGAGGUUGUAAGCAUUAGCAAAACUUCCCAUGUUAAUGUGGUCAAUCUUGUUGGAUUUUGCCUUGAUGGUCGUAAAAGAGCUCUAGUGUAUGAAUUCAUGCCAAAUGGAUCACUUGAAAAGUAUAUCCAUCAUGACAGCAAGUCCUAUUUGGGAUUGGAAAGGCUGCAUGAAAUUGCUAUUGGAAUAGCUCGAGGGCUAGAGUACUUGCAUGGAGGAUGCAACACGCGCAUUUUACACUUGGACAUAAAACCUCAUAAUAUUCUGCUUGAUGAAGAAUAUUGUCCUAAGAUAUCUGAUUUUGGGCUGGCGAAACUAUGUGCUCGAAAAGAGAGUGUUGUAUCGAUGUCAGGAGCUAGAGGAACCAUUGGCUAUAUUGCUCCUGAAGUGUUCAGUAGGAACUUUGGUGGAGUCUCCUAUAAAUCUGAUGUCUAUAGCUAUGGAAUGAUGAUCCUUGAAAUGGCUGGCGGAAGGAAAAAUGCAAUAAACGUUCAAUUAAGCAAUUCAAGUGAGGCAUAUUUUCCAGAUUGGCUAUAUGAUCGAGUUCUGAUUGAUGAAGACCUAAAACUGCAUGGUCAUACUAUGACAAAAGAAGAAAAUGACAUUGCAAGGAAGAUGAUAUUGGUAGGCCUAUGGUGUAUACAGACUAAUCCAUCGCAUAGGCCGAAAAUGAGCAAGGUUAUUGAUAUGCUGGAAGGUAGCUUAAUGUCGUUGGAAGUUCCCCCAAAACCAUUCUUCUCUUCACCUUCAAGAUCAGAAGGAGGAUCUUUGGAGAUGACAUUGCUGCCACAAACAAUUUUACCUACCUCUUCUAGUUCACCAGCUGAUUCUGACUUGGAAAGUUCAUCAAUCGAUGGGAACUUCACAAAUUCAGUCUGCAAUGAUUAUCCCAAUCCUUGUCCAAAAUCUUCAUUCAAACAUUUCAACAUGCCCCAUCAACCUCUCCUCUUCCUCCAUCUUCUCCCUUUCUUCAUCUCCUUCGUUUUCAUGAAAUCAUGCGCCGGCAAUAAUAACUCCUCCAUUUGGCCACACUGUCCGGCGUCCAAAUGCGGUAACAUUGAAGUCAGGUAUCCAUUUUGGAUUAAAUCCAACGAUACGGCCAUCCAAUACUGUGGCUAUGAAGGCUUCGGCCUAGACUGCACGCCAUCUUCAGUUCCCGGCAAUUAUAACCUCACUCUUCACCUCCCCCCCGUUGAUUUCCACGUACAAAAUAUAAACUACCCAGAUUACAAGCUAACCCUUGUCGAUGCCGACGUCACAACAAAUUUAUCGUGCCCAAGACCACGCCACAACCUUACUCUUGAGGACUUGCCAUUAAACUAUUCCACACAAGAUUUGAACCUCACUUUUUACUUCAACUGUACUGUUCCUAGCCUUCCUUUUUCUGCUUAUCCUGUGGAUUGUCUGAAGUCUGGUGGGAACAUGUCCUUUGUUUCAUUAGAAACUGGUACUAAAUCUGAUCCUGAUUGGUUUAAGUUCUGUGAGGAAAAAGUAGUAGUAACAGUGACUAAAGGGGAGAUUGAAGGGAAUGCUAAUGGUAUUUGGGAGAGUACGUUCGCUGGAUUUGUGCUUGAUUGGUAUAGCGGAUUUGAGUGUGCCGGGUGCGAGAAUUCUAGUGGCCGCUGCGGCCACAACAACACCACCACCGAGUUCUUGUGUUUUUGCAAUGACGGCACAAUUACGCAUGAUCACUGCAAAGGUGCUCAUGACUUGGGUCGUUUGUUGAAGGUGCUCAUUGGAGCAAUGAUGGCUGGAGUGGGAAUACUGUCCUUCUCAAUAAUAUGCUACCGUUAUUAUAAGAAAAGGAAAAAUGAUAAACAACUCGAGGCCUUCAUCAAGGAAUUUGUAUCUCUCAAACCAAGAAGAUACAGCUACUCUGAUAUCAAGAAAAUGACAAAUUACUUCAAAGAGAAACUUGGUCAAGGAGGGUAUGGUGAGGUCUACAGAGGAAAUCUUUUUGACAAACGUCCUGUUGCAGUAAAAGUCCUGAGAACCAACAAAGGCAAUGGCGAGGAAUUCAUUAAUGAGGUUGCAAGCAUCAGCAGAACUUCCCAUGUUAACGUUGUCACUCUUCUAGGAUUUUGCCUUGAUAGUCGCAAAAGAGCUCUCAUAUAUGAAUUCAUGCCAAAUGGAUCGCUUGAUAAAUAUAUCCAUCAUGAGUCUGAGCCCCGCUUGGGUUUCGAGAGAGUGCAUGAAAUUGCAAUUGGGAUAGCUAAGGGACUUCAUUACUUGCAUGGAGGUUGCAACACACGCAUUUUACAUUUCGACAUAAAACCUCAAAAUAUUCUUCUUGAUGAAGAAUUUUGUCCUAAGAUAGCUGAUUUUGGACUGGCAAAGUUGUGCGCCCGAAGAGAGAGUAUUGUGUCGAUGUUAGGAGCUAGAGGAACAAUUGGCUAUAUUGCUCCUGAAGUGUUUUGCAGGAACUUUGGUGGAGUCUCCUAUAAAUCUGAUGUCUACAGUUAUGGUAUGAUGAUCCUUGAAAUGGCUGGAGGAAGGAAAAAUGCAAUAAACGUUCAAUUAAGCAAUUCAAGUGAGGCAUAUUUUCCACAUUGGCUAUAUGAUCGAGUUCUGAUUGAUGGAGACCUAAAACUGCAUGGUCAUAUUAUGACAAAAGAAGAAAAUGACAUUGCAAGGAAGAUGAUAUUGGUAGGACUAUGGUGUAUACAGACUAAUCCAUUGCAUAGGCCGACAAUGAGCAAGGUUAUUGAUAUGCUGGAAGGUAGCUUAAUGUCGUUGGAAGUUCCCCCAAAACCAUUCUUCUCUUCACCUUCAAGAUCAGAAGAAGGAUCUUUGGACAUGACAUUGCUGCCACAAACAAUUUUACCUACCUCUUCAAGUUCACCAGCUGAUUCUGGCACCAGAUAAGCAUAACAGAACUGUAAGGUUUAAGCCUAAAGUAGACAUUUUUUCAUAUUUGCGAUCUUUGAUGCAUCAAGGAGAAGUUAUGCAACACGUGGAUGCGGAUUUGAAAAAGUUCGUCAAUCAACCCAAACUUCACUAGUUGAGUCUGCAAUAAUUGUAUCUUUUGAUCACUGCUCCUUUAAGGUGCAAAUAUCUGGCAGAUCGAAGCAAGCAAAAUUCAAAAAUCACAAAAGGGAUAUGACAUACAUGCGACUAGUUAGGGAAAGCCAGGCAGAUAUUCAGUGCUUGUAGAACCUCCUGCAUAGUCGGUCUCAUGUCCCUCUCAUAUUGUAGACAUUGAAAUGCUAACUCUGCUACAUCCUCAAUCAUUGCUGUCAGCUUGUAAUCUGAACCAUAUCCAAGAUAAUCA